GAAUUUUGCUCUUUGUCUCAUGGAGAUGCUGCUCUUGCAAACUGAGCAGUUGCCUAGCCUUUUGGCAGCCUCCCGCUCACGACUGGUACAAAAUUGGGAUCCCACAACUCUAACGCGAGCUCUAAAUUGGGGCCGCUUCUUUUGGCGACUCCACAGCCAUCUUCGGGCUCAGCCAAGCCUCUGGGAAGCUUUGAAGCGACAGCUGAAAAAAAGAGGUCUGGUCAGGUUAAGUCAGUUGAAGCGCUGCCCAGAGCUGCUGGGGUUGGCACUGCUGGAGAAUCGGGCUUUGCCCUCUACCACCCGCCACAGACUUUUCUGCAGCUUCUUGAUACCGGCAACUGGUGGGGAGGAGCCCUUCAUUAGUCUACUGGCAAGACGUAGAGCUGCCUCCCAGCUUCUCCUUGGUCACUUGGAACCUCCUGUAGAAGGAAUAGCUGGUGUUGAGCAAUGGGAAGGCUUGCCAGUGAGAGUCCAGGCUCAGCUGCUGCUUUCACAGCUACAAGGUGAUGGAGGAGGUGACGGGGACCAAGGCCAAACCGCCUCAGCCUUGUUGGACGGUUUGCCCUGUGGUCCUGUGCUCUACAGAGCAGUGGCUGCAGCACUGGUGGAGCCUGGUUGGGAAACGGAGGCCAGGGUGUUGCUUCUCCCUUGGUUGCUCCUUGGAGACCCAGCUCGUCUAUCGUCCUUCUGCCGCUUUCUGUCUCCCCGGUGUUUGGCUUCACUUUGUGCCCAUUACCCUGAAUUACUUGCUGCUUAUUUGAGUUUCCUUUCAGCCUGGGGAAGCUGUCUCAGUUAUGACCCUCUGCAUGGGGAAUGGCAAACCAGCAGUCUAAGAAAAGAUGAAGUACCUUGGCAGGAGAUGCAGGACCGCAUCCGUUGCCUUUGCCAGGAGCCAGAACCUCUGGGCAGCACAGUCCAGACUCAGCUAAGACAGCUGAAGGCCCAGGAUGGGGACUUUGAAGUCCGAGGUCUGAGCAUUUGGACUGACCUUUUGCUGGAUAUGGAGAUUCCUGCUUUUGAAAGGAAACCUGGGGGAUUUCUUUUAUUAUCUUCUGUAAAGCUUAACUCUCAGUAACUAAAAAUGUUGAAUGAGAAAGCGUAGGUAUUAUACAAAUCAAGUGUAAAAUUCUAUGAUAGUUAUGAAAAAAAUAGAUUUAAUAUCUAAAUAAAUGUAAACUUGGGGAAACUA